GAUGGGAAGUGAUAAUUCAAAGGCCAAAGCUCAAAAAAAGUAAAAUCCUCCUUAAAAUUCUGCCCCAAAGCCACCUCCAAAGAAAAGACCACAAGAGGAGAAUGUAUGAUAUAUUAUUUAUGCUACAGAAUUGGAUGUAUGAUUUGAUUUUACAAUAUUUGGCAUCGCCUAUCUGGAGAAACCCAAUAUCAGACUUUUUGGAUGAGCAUUGCAUCAUUUUUGAUGAUGAGGAAGAGAACAAAAUAGUUUACUAAGAAAUUCAUAAAGUACUAAUGUAUAAAAAGAAAAAUAGAAAUUCAAAAAUAUGAUCGAAGCCAUGAUGGAAUAGUUAAUGUAGGAUAUAGGUGUUGAUGAUGAAGAAUACUUAAGAAAAGUAAUAGAAAUUGGAUUGAAAAAUAAAAAACAUAAAAAGUAUUUUGAAUAGCUCCUGGUUGUUGAAAAUUUCUUAGUUUUCAAAAAAUUAAUGUUAAAGAGAAAUAAGGAAUUAGAAUAUGAAGCAUUGAAAGAGUUAUAAAAAAUUGAUGUAAAGAUAUAUUACUAAAAGUUUUAAGGGAGGAAAAAAUCUUGAAAUGGAUCUUAAGGUAAAAUAAGCUGAAUUGGAAAAAGAGAGAAUGUAAAUAGAGCAUGCUGUUGCUAUGUCAAUUGCUGUAGAAUAAGAAAAGAGCAAAUUAUAAAUUUAAGAAGAGGAAGAACUUUAAGAAGCAAUUAAAAUGAGUUAAAAACUAUUCGAACAAUAAUGUACUUCAUUAGCAUCUUUAUAUAGAAUCUGAAUUAUUGAAAAGUAAUAUGGAAUAACAAAAGUAAAUUCAUCAAUAGCCAUCAGCCUCUUAAUAAUAAUAACCUAUCGUACCAGAUUAAAAGGUGGAAUCUGUUUUGAUAUUUGAUGAUGAAGUUGCAGCAGAAAAGAAUCAAUCGAAUGUUGUUGAAUAACAAUAAUAAUAAAUAUAAGGAAAGAAUGAAGAAAAAUAAUCAAGACUUAGAGAACCUCUACCCUAAAUUGUUUAAGAUAAAAAAGAAGUUUUAAGCUUAGCUUAAGAGAGAGAAGCAUUGAUGAAUUAGGGAAAUUAAUUAAAAGAGAAUCUCAAAGAAAUAGUAUGAUAAAUAAUCAAACAUAUUAGGAAGAAACAUUCAAAUAAAAUAUGAAGAAUUAAUAAGAUUAAGAAACUUUAGAAUAAAGGAAAUUAAGAUUAUAAUAACAAAGAGAAUUAAUCAAAUAGAAGAAAAUGAAAGAAAGAAAAGAUGAAAUUGAGUAAUAUAAAGCUGUAAGUAUAAAAUCUAUAAUAAGGUUGGUGAAUAAGACAAGCCAGCCUAGGAGUUACAUGAUAAAGAAAAAGGACCUCUAGUUGUUGAUAUGGUUAUAAAUAUUCAUUUAUAAUAGAAUGAUUUUGUGGCUGAUUAAAAGCGAGCUCAAGAACUGGAACUGAAAAAGUAAGAAUUACGAAAGAGAGCAGAACUAUUAAGAAAGAUCAAAUAAGACGCAUAAUCAGAACAAAGUUGA